AUGGCUACAGCAGCGGCGGCACCGGCACCUCCGAGCCCCGGCGGCGGCGACGCGCAGCGCCCGUCCCGCGGCGGCCCCGGCGGCCCCGGCGGCGGCGGUCCCGGUGCGGUGGAGCUGGCGGCGGCGCGGCGGAGGCUGGUGGCGGCCGAGGGGCGGCGGCGGGCGGCGGCCGAGCUGGAGGGGCGGGUGCGGCAGGUUCACUGCGCUCUGCUGCACGCCGAGCUGCGCCUGGCCGCCCGCGCAGAGACCCUGGGCCGCCUCGGGGCCGGCGUGGCCCAGGCGCAGCUGGCCCUGGCAGCCCAGAGCCAGCGGCUGCAGAAGGGGCUGCGCCGCCGCCCGCGGCCCCGGCCCGGAGCGCUCCUCGCCGCCGCCCGCGCCCUCCGCAGCUGCGUGCCCUGGACCCCCGGGAGGAGCCGCGGAGCCCCCCCGGGCACCCCCGUGCGCCGCCUGCCCCCCGCCAGCCGCGGCUCCGCCUAG